UGCCGUGCGCUGUGUGAUCUGCGCGCUGCGUGUAUGGAGGAAGCAGCUGCUGAUCUGAUCUCUGACAUUGUGUGAGACAGACAUCUGAAUAAACUGCGCACAGACGUGUCUUUAAACAUACCGCACCGAGGCACGCCGUGCAUGAUUACCUCUUUGAUUUAAUGGGUCCAAUCAUUGGGAUGUCACCAGAUAAGAAAACGGAAAUUCCGGGUAUGCAAGAGGAGCGGACGGGGCUCAGAGGUGUUUGUGGUGUGGGAACACUGCCUGAGGCAGAGUGUGCAUCCAGUCCACUGGCGACCAGUGUGGAUCGUACUGGAGGUACCGAGGAUGAGGAGCUCACCAACCUCAACUGGCUGCACGAGAACCUGCUUCAGAACUUCACUCUGGGAGGUCCGGAAGCUCAGCCCAGUGGCAGUCCUUUCUUCGACAUAGAGGGAGACCUCGGGUCCAACCAGGGCCCGUCAUCAUCCUCCUCAUCUUCGUCACACGGCAGAGGCAGGGAGCGGGACUCAUUGAAGUCUAAGCCCCCUUUCUCGUUUUCUCUCCUCAUCUACAUGGCCAUUGAGCAGUCCCCCAGCAAAUCUUUGCCUGUGAAAGAAAUCUACGGCUGGAUUCUCGAGCACUUCCCUUAUUUCUCCAACGCUCCCACUGGCUGGAAGAACUCAGUUCGUCACAACUUGUCCCUGAACAAAUGCUUCCGCAAGGUCGAGAGGAGUUUGGGAAAGGCCAAUGGAAAAGGUUCGCUCUGGUGUGUUGAUCCCGAGUACCGCCCCAACCUGAUCCAAGCCCUUAAGAAGCAGCACUUCCCUGCCGCACAUGCCUUCUGCACACCACCCGCCUCCCCACCCAGUGCCUCCUCACCCCCUCGCCAUCUCUUUCUACAAGGCUGCUCAUUCAAAGAGUCUGACAUUGAUGCUGCCACUGCCAUGAUGCUCUUAAACUCUGCCCCCGGGCACCACGUUGACCCAUGCAAUUCUGACAGCCCACUGGACCUCUCCCGACCCGACUCUGUCCUGGUGAGCAGCGAUCCAAAGCAGGACCACAACUACAGCAGCGUAGCCCUGCAGCGCUGCUCCUCCCGUUCCUCUUCCUCGUCUCUCUCCUCCUUGGAUGAAGGAGGCUGCGACCGCAGGCAGUCCCACCGCGCCGGCAGCGAGGGCUUCCACAGCGACGAGGACUCCGACCUCUGGGACGAGAGGGGCGUCCACCAGACUUCUCGACGUCCGCCCGCCAUCAAGUGGCCCGCCGGAAAGAGGGCACGGCGUGAGAUCAAGCCAGAGCUGGAUGAGGAGCUGAAGGAAGCCGCCGGCUCCUUGCUGCACCUCGCUGGUAUACGCAGCUGCACGGAGGGCUCCAAACGCACUGUCAAGAGCACAAAACUUAACAGGAAAUGAAGAUUAUUUUUGCCCCCCCAUCAGACUCCGGACCCUGUGAACCCUAACCUCUGACCCCUGAUCGUGUGUCCCAGUGUGCCUCCUUCUCCUUAUCUGAUCGUUCAUUGGCCAUUUUGAGCCUUUUUUUGUUUGGGAAUAUCCCUGUCCAACAAAACAAAUGGCAAUAGUAUCGUUCACACAGGAGAACAAAGCCAUAUAGAGACUUUUGUAUCUCGGGGGUGACUGCUGGGGGUGGGUGUUUGGGCUAUGGAGAACCAUCGAGAAACCUAUCCAAAACGACCUGCCUGCUUCUGUUGGAUUAGAAGAUUGCGAUUCAAGAAUUCUCUCUGAAAGACAAAACGGGAAAAGCUGAAGGUUUUAUAACUCAAGCGUUGCAUGCUUCCUCCUCAAACCUGUAUCCUCUUCCAAGUGAAUCUAUUUAUGAAGCGAAUGAGUGCAUGUUUGUAACAGACAAAACCUAACCUCCUGGUGUAAUCAGUUUCUCCUUUUUGUGCUAAAGAAAAAAAAAUAUGCCACUGUUUUGAAAGGAAUUCUCGCUCCACAAAUUCUCUUGAAAGAGAGAUGCAAUAAUUAAUCCACAACCCUUAACUUUUUUUGACUUUAUUUCAUGGUGGCAUUUGUCAGAGUUGAGUACGCUAGUUAAACUUUACAAUUAAGAGAAUGAAUGGAGUAGUACUACGAUCUUGUUAUGCGAUAAACUUAUUACACACGAGCUCUGGCUCUAUUUCAGGAUUAGCAAGAUGUGGAAAUAGUAUUACUCUGCCACUGCCAAAUUUAGUUGCAAAGUUAGCUAUACUACUUCGCUCAAUUUUGUGCGGCCAUUACAGUGCUAUACAAAUGAAAGCUGUUUUGUUUUUUCCUUUGCAAAUCAGCUGCUCAUCCUGUCAAUCCCUUUCAUUCAUCAGUGUGUUUUUUUUGACAUUUAUUGUGCAGACGUAUAUUCACGUUUGGUGACAGCCUAUGCAAAGUGAACAUCUGCCACAUGUUGCCAGAUGUUCACUGCGUGUUAUAGGUUAUCCUCCAUAGAUUAAUUUUAUUUUUGUGUGCGUGUGUGUGUGUGUGUGUGUGUGUGUGUGUGUGUGUGCGCGCGCGUUUCAUAGUGCAUGUCAACUUCAUCCUCAACCUGAGAUGGUGGUCGGGACAGAAAAGAGUUUGAAACGGUCAGACUCGUUCCCUCGUGUUUCAUAGUGCAUGUCGACUUCAUCCUCAACCUGAGAUGGUGGUCGGGACAGAAAAGAGUUUGAAACGGUCAGACUCGUUCCCUCUGCUGACAAAGUAGUCGUACUGCUCCAAUGAAUUGACUGGUAUAAUGAAAGAUCUGCCUGCUACAGCUGUAUUGUAGGGCUGCUUGGUACUCUGCUUGCUUCUGGUCCUUUUGAGCGCAGAGCUGAUUGAUAGUCAGAAACAGGAGCGGACAGUAAAUUGCCACAGCUUCUUGCUCCAUUGUUUGGGUUUGCAGUUUGAUUAUACCUCUGUGUGUUCUCCUUGUUUUUUAUUUUUAACAGUGUACUUUAGAAAAUUGCAAAAUUAUACAGCUAAUUCUCUGAUGGCUGAUCCUGUGGCGAAGUUAAUUCACAACUUGAGGGAGGGUGUUUCUGUUCCGGUUCAAAUGGAUAAAAGGCACGGAUCGUAGUGCAUAUUCACGUGUGAAGAAUGAGAAAGGGACGGUGUAGUCACGGCCAGAGAGAACUGGACUUUGUAUGUGCAGUCGCUCGCAGGCGAGAUGUUGGAAGACCUGUGCUGCUCUCAUGUUGUGCCCUCAGUUCUGGCUGGCCACUAGUGUUUCGUCCUCGCUCUUCCUCCCCUAGAACAAAAUAAGGAAGUGCACGCUCUCUUCUCAAGCUGUGAAAUGGAGUGUUUAUUGUCAGUUGAUUGCAUGCAGUUCACCGAGGGGAAGUUGUGAGCCACUUGUGUAAAAGGCCACAAUUCUCAUUUGAGCUUUUAAAAAGGCUGCAUGCUCGCAGCGUACAAUACAAGGUAGCAUGGAAGCUCACAGUAGUAACAAAAUGAUUUCUUCCCACAGAUCACACUGUUAGUAUAGCAUGCAUGAUCAGUGCCAAACAUUUUCUUGUGCCACUGAUGUAAAACUGCAAACGGCCAUGGUCACUGUAUUUCCCUGCUGCCACAGUGUAGUUGUGAUUUAAGAGUAACGAUGCCCAAGUUUACUGACUCAUCCGUACAGGAAAUGGGAGAGGACUCUGGUCAGUGCAGUGACUUAACCAAUCUUUGGUUUAUUUUUGUCGCUUUAGAGUGGGAACUGCUCCUAGCAGAGUACACUUCAGUUCUCAGAAGUAAUACUUGCAUACACUGGUCUUGUUUAGCUGUGAAAAAAAGAACAAAUUAUUGUUCAUUAAUCAUCACCUUAUUUAUGACAUUAAUUUAUGGGAUUAUGAAUGCAUACUCUAUCAAACACUGGUCAUUUGAAAUGAGUGACUGGGCACAUUUAUUUUUCUCCCUCUGUGAACUCCUCUUAAUAAGUAUUUUGUUUUUCUCCUUGUUUUAUUUUAAAGCAAUACACCUUUUUUUCUGUCACUAUGUUAUAGUGAUUAAGUAUUUUGCCAAUGUCUGUUGUCUAUAGAGCGGGUGUUUUUUUUUUUUUUUUUCCUCCCAAUUUAACCAUGACUGCCAGAUUUUCUUGAUGUUUUGUUUUGCUUUUUUGUUAGGCUGGAUAGAAGACAGUUUUAUUAACAUUGAUCCUGAAACCUUUUGUUGCCAAACUUGUUGUUCAGCUGGGGUAUUAAAUUUAAGAUCGACACAUUCCCCACGUACUGUAGAAAUUCUUUGAGGAUGAUUGAAUAAUUUUUUAAAAAAAAUUUGUCUCAUGUUUAUGUUUAGAUAAUAUGACUAAGUAGUCACAAUUUGAAGAUUAGCUCUCAAUCUCAUCACAGAUUAGAAUCUUUUAAAAGAAACGACUGCCAUUCAUAACUCAUGCUUCCAGGUAUUGUUGUGGGAUGUUGAGAUGUUUAGAAUAUCAGUGAAAACUGGAUCAGACUCAGUCCCCAGGCUGCUGCUGUGUAGUCUCAGACCUACAUUUAAGUAUAACGACAACUGCAGAGAAAUUAUAGAGAGACUCGUUGAGGGAAAUGUCACUCUUUCUUUCUGUAGCACUUGCAAAUGAAGCGUUAUGUUGGUCUGUAAGUGACACUGAGUCAGAUCUGUGGAUGAGCUACCUAAACAUUUUGGGGUCGGGCUUACCCAACUCAAACCCCAGUUGCUUUAUCGCUCAACAGCUGUUAUUAAAUAUUGAUUAUGUGAUUCUCAAAAUUCUGUUGCAGUUCGUAAGGGUAUGAUGAACAUUUUGUUGCAUUUGACAAAGCUGCCAACCCAGUAUCAGUUUGUGUCAGUUGUCUGCCAUGUCUAUUGGACCGACACACCUUUUGGUUUUUGUAUGCUAACCUCUGUUGAUAAAAUGUUUAUAAGAUUUAUUUUCGCCAAAGAUAUGCAAUUGCAUUAUAUAUGGUAUUACAAAAUAUUAAUAAAAACCUGUUCUUGUUA